AUGCUUUACAUACGACAACUUAUAAUAGACAUUGUGCCGGAAGCUCCUAAUCAAUAUUUCAGCGUUAGAAAGGGACAAACAGGCAAAAAGGGCGUAUACCACGCCCCUUCGCUUCCCCACCUUCGCUACCCCUGCGGUGGUAAUUCAUGUAUAAAGGACUUCUACAAAGCAGGGGCACAUAGUUACCCAGAAAUUAAAAAAAAAUUAUAUUCCAUAAUUUUAGUGAUACCUAGAAAGGAAACGGUAUAUGUAGGCAAGACGAAUGUUUAUAUGAGAUACAAAAUAGUUAAUUUGGAUAAAGAGCUCACCUUUGACGCUAUUAUGAAUGUACGUCGAAUCCAACAUUUCAUUGAAUCGUAUACAAGUGAUGAAGCCUUCUUCAUUGGACGAUUGAUUUAUAAAAUUCGUACUAAAUAUACAAGAAUGGUGCGCCUAUACAUGCUUUCGUAUAACAACUUUGAAGACUAUCACCACAAUAAGCACAUUCAUCAUUUAAUGGAAAUUCAACACAUAUCCAUGGAUGUCGAUAGCUUAGUCGAAGUAAUAUUAAAUUUCUUAUGGCCGGGAAAACCAAAACGCCGCCCAAUUGAUAAGCUCCUACCACCUGGGGUUAAAUUACCAAAAGGCGUCGAAGUACCAAAGGUAUUAACUGGCGCACGCAUUGGCAGAGUACUUACAACGCGUGGAAAACCUAUACUAUUUCAAGGUAAUCAUAAAAACUAUGAUCAAGCCAUUGUGAAACUUAACAUAGCUGGGAAAGAUCGGGUCGAUGGGAGGAAUACUGAAAAUAAUGGUGGUGGAUUUGAGUCUGAAAUCUACUAA